GGCGUGCAGCCUCGAGCCGCUGCCUCGUGACCCGCGAGUCGGCGCUCGCCUGGUUCCCCCGUGACGGCGCCGGAGCCUCGCGGUCUUCCUUGGCCGCGGAUUUAGCAAGGGGUUAGCGAAUAGUAGCCUCCCGCUCCACCAAAUCCCGGAAAAGCUCCUCUGUAGCUGACUUGACUUUUCUUUGAAAAGGAAGAACGUUCUUCAGCUUGCUGCAGCUGUUACAAAAUGCGGCCUUGUGGGCAAAGGAACGCCUGUUUAACUGAGCUGUUUUAUAUGAAGGUGUUUUUCAAGCUCUGGAAGGGGUGCAGGCUUGAAUUAUAAUGGACCCAUUAAAACUUUCAUGCAUUUCAGCAGCUGCGUGUGUUCGUUAGCAUCAGCUAGCUGAAUGAGAUGAUUAGCUUGGAUUGCUUUCUUGGGAGACACUGUUUCUUCUGGCAAAUUCCCCCUUCCCUGACUGGCUUAGUUUGUUAUGUGCAUCUUUGCAUUAUUUUCAGGUGGAUGGCAGGAUAUCUGCCUUCAUAAAAUAUAUUGCUUGUGAUGCCUCCCUGGAAAUGACAGGGGGAGUCCCUUCCAAAUGAAGGAUUUAGGAUCUUCCAUACUUCUCUUUGCUUCUAAAGAUUCAAGACUUCCCGCCCAGCGUGGUGGUGCAGGCCUGUAAUCCCAGCUGCUGGGGAGGCUGAGGCAGGAGGAUGUGCUUGCAGUAUGAUCACAUCUUCUACUAAGAAGCUUUCAUAUAAUUGAGUCCAAGUGAGGUCAGGAUGUAUCUAGUGAGCACUGAUACAACCAAGAGUAGAAGACUUUCCUACAAAAUAUCCCAGGCCUUUUUCAGGAGUGAUCUUUUUUUUUUUUUAAAUUCAUGACUUUACGUGCCCAUUACAGUCUACUUACCCACCACCAAGUAGAUCAAGGGCCUCAGCACCAGCUCCAACCAUGUGGACCCCAGAUGAGAUCGCUCAACUGUGCUAUAAGCACUAUGAGAUCAGGCUGCCCAAGCAAGGGAAGCCGGAGCCAAACCGUGAAUGGACGUUGUUGGCAGCUGUAGUGAAGAUACAGUUUCCAAUUUAUGAGGCCAGUGACACUCCUGAUAAGCCAGUACAAGUGACAAAAGAAGUUGUCUCAAUGGGAACAGGAACGAAAUGCAUAGGCCAAUCCAAAAUGAGGAAGAGUGGAGAUAUUCUCAACGAUAGCCAUGCUGAGGUUAUAGCCAGAAGGAGUUUCCAAAGGUACCUUCUCUAUCAGCUGCAGUUGGCAGCUACCCUAAACAAGGAGAGUAUCUUUGUCCCAGGAACUCAAAGAGGACUGUGGAAACUCAGACCCAACCUCUUGUUUGUGUUUUUCUCCAGCCAUACGCCCUGUGGCGAUGCCUCCAUCAUUCCAAUGCUUGAGUUUGAAGAACAGCCUUGCUGUCCUGUCAUCAGAGAUCAGGAUAGCAGUUUAUCAUUAGAAGACAGUGGUAAUGUGAAGACUCCUGAAAAUGAAAGGAAAUACAAAGACCCUGACGGUCCUGUAACCAAAAAGAUGAGGUUUGAGCCUGGAACUCCUGCCAGGUUCUUCACCAAUGGCACAGCUCAGCAUGGCAAGCAAGACAGUGGCCCGUUUGCAUCAGGUGUCAGAAGCUCUAACCUCACUGUAGAAAGAUUGGCCACUGUCGCCUGUGGCGCUCCCAGGAGUGCCACAGUGGUGGACAUUUAUAGAACUGGAGCCAAGUGUGUGCCUGGAGAAGCUGAAGACUUGAGGAAGCCAGGUGCUGCAUACCACCAGGUGGGGUUGCUCCGAGUGAAGCCAGGCCGGGGAGACAGGACCUGCUCCAUGUCAUGCAGUGACAAGAUGGCCCGAUGGAAUGUCCUUGGCUGCCAGGGUGCACUUUUGAUGCAUUUCUUAGAAGAGCCCAUCUACCUGUCAGCUGUGGUCAUUGGGAAGUGCCCAUACAGCCAGGAAGUCAUGCAGAGAGCACUGAUUGGAAGGUGUCAAAAUGUCUUGGCUUUACCCAAAGGUUAUGGAGUUCAAGGACUGAAAAUACAGCAGUCAGAUUUACUGUUUGAACAGAGUCGCUGUGCAGUGCAGACAAAAAGGGCUGACAGUCCCGGCCGACUUGUUCCAUGUGGGUCAGCUAUCAGCUGGGCUGCAGUUCCUGAGCAGCCAUUGGAUGUUACUGCCAAUGGCUUUCCACAGGGAACAACAAAGAAAGGAAUUGGAAGUCUUCAGGCCAGAUCCCGAAUCAGCAAAGUGGAACUCUUCAGAUCAUUCCAGAAGCUGCUGAGCAGCAUUUCAGAAGACAAGUGGCCAGACUCCCUCAGAUAUUCAUAAAGAAAAUUUAAUUGGAUAUAUAACGCAAUGAGAAACUUUCAAGAACUCUACCUAUUUAUGCUGUGACAUACAGAUGGCCGCAGUAGUCAUAUUGGUGAUAUGGAUAUGGGAGAAAUGGAAAAAACUUUUGUCUUAAUCUGGUAACCCAGGCUCUGGAUUCAGAUAUGGACAUUUUGCCACUUGUCCAGAUGGGCCAGCAGAGAUAGGAGUCAUCUUCUAGAACUAAGCCUGUUCACUGCUUUUCAAAGCCCAAGUGUAGCAGAGUGUCUCUGUGGGAAACAAGGCAGAAGCAGAAAAUCACUCCAAGAGGGAACUCAGACUGCCAAAUAAUUGGUCUCAAGCACGAGUUCACUGGACUUUGGCUCAUUCCCCAAGGGGAAGAGCUCACAAUGGAAACAGUGAUGGUCACUUACUCAGGCAGCCAAGAGAAUGAAAAGCACAUUGAAACCCAGCAGUGUCCCUGCGGGAGAGGUACAGUGGGCCCCUUGGUGGUGAAACCGACCUGACAACGCAGUGGAUCACUGAGCCCAUUCCCGGCGUCUGUCUUCAGUUCCACAACAGACCUUUAUGUGCACCCUCUCAGGAGAUCUCUGAGAAGUGAUACGGCCAGCAGCCUAAGCUUCACCCCACAGCAGAUUCGGGCUCAAUCUAGUUUGCCCCUUUGCUUUGAAUUCCAUUUUGUUGAUUAAGAAGAGCCCGCUUAGAUGUAAAGUCCCUGCCAAAAUACAAAAGUCCCUCCCACGCAGGCUUCCUCAUCUUCCCUUUCUUAUUUUCGCCUCUUGUGGACUGUUUCCACCUCCAGUCGCUCUUUUCAUGCUGUAUUUGUUCCUCAGCUUAUCCAGUGCCACUGUGAAUGUCCUUCUGUCCUAGCAUGUCAUUAACUGUUGGGCCGAGAGACCAGCUGGACGGGGGUGAAGGAAUGGCAGCAGCACAAUCUAAACCGCCCUGACCGUGCUCGCCCACCUGUGCCAAGCAGGCAGAUGGCGCAGCCGAGCUCUGCGCCUUAUGUGAGUUGCUAAGGUGUGAGUGCUUGUGUGCCCGCUAACUGUAUGUGCUGAAAUCCUAACUCCCCAUGUGGUGGUAUUAGGAGGUGGUUAGGUCUUAAGGGAAGAGCCCUCAUGAAUGGGAUUAGCUCCUUUACAAGAGACCCCAGGGUAAUUCCCUGUCUCUUCUGCCUUGUGAGGAUAUAAUAAGAUGGCCAUCUAAGAAUCAGGGAAAUCUGCUACCUUAAUCUUAGACCUCCCAGCCUUCAGCACUGAGAAGUGAAUCUAGUUUAUGAUGUUUUGUUGGAGUAGCCCAGACAUGGGUUAGUAUUUUGUUGGCAUAUACUUUGGCAGAAUUCUGUCCUAAAAUAAUACUGUGGUAAAGGGCCAUAAACCCAGAUAUCUUUAGGAGUAGGAAAUAAAGAAAGCAAGUGGAGCCAGGCGUGGUGGCUUUGGAGACUGAGAUAGGAGGAGACUGAAACAGGAGGAUUACAAGUUCAAGGCCAGCCUUAGCACCUUAGCAAGG